UCUAGUACCAGUGCUCUAGGAAACAUUAAUGACAGCAAGAAAAGAUGGAUGGUGUUUGGUCUUGCACUGAAGGACUUAGUGGACCAAAUUCAAACUUUUGUAGAAAAGGAAGUUCAAAAGGAUUAUGUCAAUCUUAAAACCAGUCAUGGCAUUGAUUCUCAGAGCUCAUCUGGUCGACUGAAGAAAUGGAGUUCCACUUUUCUGAAGUAUGAAAACAUCAAAGGCAAUGAUGCUGUACCCAAGCUUCAUGGGAAGUUUAAUUAUGCUAAAUUUGACUGCCGCAUAAUGUCACAUGUGAACUAUUCAAAGCUGUACUUAGAGAACUACAUGGCCAAGUUCACAGUGUUUGAUGAACACUGUGAUGCCUCUGCUGUGCUUAACUUGCUUGGUAGAGUUCCAGUGUUUUCUCUUGCUGCGCAGAGUGCUGCACGUAAUGUUCGGCGAGACAGAAAUGCCUGGGCUCACUGUGCAUUCCAAGACUGGGAUCCUGCAAAGUUUCAGCAGUGUUUUCAAGACAUGAAAAGGUUGGUGAAUGCUCUGGGUCUGCCAGAUGAAACAAAACUCUUAGCAGAUCUCAACACCUGGGAGAAAACAGGUACUAACAGACAUAAUCUGAAUAAAAGUCUGCAAUAUCCAUGGGAACAUCCCUACUUGGCUUCAUCCCCACUAGGCUUCAUUGUGGUGGGAAAAGUUUUAGGAAAGCUUUUAGGAUCUUAGCUUUCGAUUGAAGGAAAAGUAGGUGGGUAGUGGAACAAGAUUUUAUGGGAAUUUUUGGGUCAACUUUACAUGUUUUUUUUUUUGCCCUUUUCUCCGGUCUUCUUCACUGAACCAUGCUCAUUCUGCUAUGGUUUGAAAGAUCUUUUCCCCAUACACAAGUCAGAUGACAAAGUUUUCUUUCACCGUUAAAACUGAUGACGUCACAAGCGAUAGAAGGGGCGUGGAUCCGCACGGGCGGUUUAGAGGCGAAUGGAUUAACGGGUCAUUUGUUUUUCUUUGUUUUUCUUUGUUUUUUUUUUUGUUUUUGGCCAAGGUGACAAGGCAUCAGCUAUUUUAAGCAAACGAUAUUAUUAUCUUGCUACCAAACGCGCAAAAUAUUGUAACAUAACAGUUACUGGAACAUCAACUCUUUCCAAGCAAAACCCAAACAGAAAGUCUGAAGCAAAAAGUACAGCACAAUUACAAAUGACUUUUAACUCAUUUUACCUACACAUGUAAACCAAAAUGUUCUGCCACUUUUCACUGUAAUCAAAUUGUUUGACAGUACAUACUUAAAUAACCCGUAGUAAACACAUAGGGAACUUCAGCAUCGGCGAAGGCGACGGCAGCAAAAAUGUCACUUUUGUCACUCAGGUUUUGAAAAUGAAACGAAAACUCGCCGUCGUGUGUUUACGACCUCUAUAACACAUCGAAUAAGGAAAUUUCACGUCGUGGUCGUACAGUGACGGCGAAGAAAUGAGGGGCCCAACGUCAAUUUUCGGAAAAUAUCAGUUCGGAAGACGAUUUGAGAUCUAGAAUUUUCGGAACAUUUGUUGAGGAUUUUCGAACAUCUAAAGCAUUGUAUAAUUGCCCAUUUAAAACGGAUUUUUACCCUAAAAAGGUCACUUAGAAUUUUCGGGAGCUUUUUUUCUGGCUGAAAUUUUCAUGCGGAAAGGGAAGUUCUGGUCCCUAUAAUUUUCGGAUCACUAUAGACUUUCAGCUAGGAAAUCCGAACAGAUAAAAAAUUUUUAGGGGAUAAAAAAUAUGCCUAUAUCUACCGUUUAAAUACUAAAAUACGUUUAACAAUGCUAUGUUUAAGUGGUUUUGAACUAUAUUCUCGUUGGGUGCCCCUAAGGAAUGUAGGAAAACGUGUGCUCCACCUGCAGAAUUGUCGUUUUGCUAAUCUAAACCUUUUUUGUCUGACGUUGUCGUUGCAGUCGCCUUCGUCGUGGUCGUUGCGAAUUUCUACUAAGGCUGUUUCGCUAUACUGGAUAACUUUCGCGCCGGUACGAAACCCAUACCCGAUAGCGGCUUCUGUUCACACAUAAGAACCGUCACUUCGGCGCGAUUUCUGUGACGGAACGAAGCUGCGCCGCGCCGAUCUCGAAGGAGCGUGACAUAUCGGAUAGUUUGCUGCUAUUGUUUGUUGCAGUCUGAGCACCUGCUCGGCCCGUGGCGGAAAUACAUAAGUAGGAGCGAGGCCUGAUACCCACUGAGACGGAAGUAAACAUUCAGGAGGGAUGGCUUGGAAUUUAGUGCAUCAAACCGUCUCGGCCAACUGCCCCGACACGAUAUUCGAUGUGUGUGAACGACUUGCGCCGCCUCGGGUCGUUGCUGUUCACACUGUAUAGGAUAGCUUUUCGUGGCGACAGGAAGAGUUCUCCAGUAUAGUGUGAACAUGGCCUAAAUCUGCAGUUUGAGUUAAAAUAAAGCUUCUCUUAAUGAAAACAAUGGUAGACAUUACGUGCAGUAUAAUUCAGUGUUGAGAUAGUAAUGAAUCGUAAUGUAGUUAAACUUCUACUAUUUCUUGUUUGCCAGGGACCGUCGCUUUGUAUGAAUCCUUCUGUGGACGCAGCGUUAUUACAGAUGGUACAACAGCAUGUUAAUAAGCUGAUAGCUGAUGUCGACAAUAUGGCGUUUGAAGUGGAGUGCGACAGAGAGACAGUAGAGAUUGCACUGCAAGAUGUGGCUGGUGAUCUGAAGAAACUGGAAAAACGCAUCUCAGUUGUUGAGAAUGAAAAUAAAGGAUUAAAACGCAGUAUGGAAAGCUUUCAAGAUGAACAGAGAGCUUUGGGAGAAAAGUUCAAGUCACUAAAGUCAGACCAUGAUUUUGUACAGCAACGAGUAACACAAGUGGAAGAGCAACUUAGAUCUCCUCUUCCUCAAGUCAGCAUUGGUAAAUAGAAUUAUUCUUAUUAUCUUUCAAACUUUUACCUCUGUCUAUUUUUGUUUAAUCCAGUAAUGUUUGAUUGGAUGAUAUUGGAAAACAUAUCCAAAAUACAAAAGGCGAUAAAUGCAAACCUACAGUUAAAGCUUAAAAAUUCUUUAAAAUAAUGGAAAUUAAUAUUCGAGAUAAAUCUACUUUUGAGCAAAACAUGACGCGGUCUGCCCAUUAAAUGACUAAAAGACGUAAAAUUAUCCAAAACUUCAACAUUCACUCAAUUUUGUGCAAACAUUAUAGACAACUCAGUUUCGAUGGACAACAAUGAAUUUACGCGAUUCUAUAGUACACUGAUCAAUUGCAGCUCUGAAAAUUUUAAUAGAAGUAAAUCUAUCUACGAAUUUUGAUAUAGCGUAUUCAUUCGAAUAAGCGCCCAGCCUCGAAUAAGCGCCCACUCUCAAGGUCCAAAAAUUUAAUAAGUGCCCAGGGUGGUUAAUCGAAUAAAUACGGUAUCUAGCCGAGCCGAUUUUUUGAAAACCAACCUAUCGAAAUUUGCAGUCAUUUGAGUUAAAAGGCGUCAAAAGGCAGGUUUUUUGGGCUCGAUAAGCUGCAAAUCACACUAACGAAGGAAAAAGAAGGGGGACUGAGAAAGAGCGAGGAGGAAGAAAGGAGGAAAAGAGAAAAAGCAGUGGCUGCACCCAUACUUUUUAUAAUGGCUACUUUAAAAACUGUACGACACAGAAAGGUCCAUUUGGCGAUAACGUUUUCAAACACCCGGCUAGAUAUACAUUUCUGUUUUUCGAAAUCGCACAUGUGUAGCUGUCUCGAGCGGUUUGAUGUACGUGAUGUUAAAGAGACAUUUUUGAAACGAAUUAGAAUUAAAUAUUUGCAGAAACAUCCAGUAAAUAGCUCAUCUUCACUGAUUCCUCACAUAUAGAUUUUUGUGAAACUUCGCAGACCAGAAGACAAGCACUAAAGUAUACGUAGCCUAGUACAUUUCUAGAGGAAAUACGACUUAGGGCUGAAAUUAAUGGGGGAGCAAAAACAAUUGUGACGUCAUUGUCACGUGAUAUUCAUUCGGAUCGCGAAAAAGAUAUUAUAAUAAAGUUCAAUCUCUGUGUAAUUCAUGUGUUAUAAUGGAAUUACAGUAAAGACCAAGCUGUUAACGUAGUACUGUUCCUUUUGCUUGUUCCUAAGAAAAAUUGGAAGUCUAAUAGAAAAGUUUUUUACUCAAGUAAGGAAAUGUGGAUCACUGAAAUGGAAAUCAGCUUUCUUCGUCUAAGCAUUUUGUUUUUUUCCUUUUUGCCCUGUAGAAAUUUCCAAUUUUGAAGCCGAUAUCGCUUUCUUUGCCAAGCGACACGAUCCAGACACGAGAAAGUGGCUAUUUGCAGAUAUUAACAGUUGGUUCCAUGCUCCUGGUGAGUCCAGAGCUUAUGUUCUCCUGGGUGAUGCGGGAGUUGGCAAAAGUGUAAUAGCAGGAGCCCUGGCAAAGCAGGCAAAGGAUGCUGGGUACUUAGGCGCUGCUUACUUUUGUUACUUAGUAGAUGAGACAAGAAAUGAUCCCAGAAUUCUUCUAGGUACUAUAGCUUGUCAGCUUUGUAAAUGUAGUGUUCAAUACAGUAAUAUGGUGGGAGGGGAGGGUGGUGUAAGAAUGACAUUAGCCAAUAGUAAGUUAAGUAUUGUUGGGUUGUUUACAAAACUGUUACAAGAACCUUUAGGUAAGUGCGCGCCUUGUGAACAAAGAAAAUUAGUCAUUAUUGACGCUCUGGAUGAGUCAGAGUACAAGUCCAGGGUCAAUUUUCUUAAUCUGGUUAUGCACCGUUUUCCCCGGCUUCCAAAGUGGCUUUUGUUUUUUAUCACCGGUCGCCCUGAAGAUACCGUGCAGUUCACUCUAAAAUAUAAUGACCCUUGCGUUAAAAUAUGCGUAGGAUACGACAAACAUCUUAAUGUUUAUCAGCAGCACGAGCAGGACAUUAAGCGAUUUUUGGAGAAAAGAGUCGAUUUCUCCUGUCUCCCCUACACUGUCGAAGACGUAGCAAGGAAGUGCAAUGGACUGUUCUUGUAUGCUUUCUACAUGGUGGAAGUGCUAAAUAAUUCAGCAUGUCCAGGUAGCGUUGGUGAACUGACUGAUCUUUUUCCAAGAGGCAUUGAUGAUUUUUUUCAUACCAAUUUUAAGCGGAUUUUUGAUAAAGUGAAAGCAGAUCUCUUCACAACUUUGUUCGGCUGUGUUUUAGCUUCUCCUUCUCCUAUUCCGCGGUCAUUUAUUUCAUUCCUUCUAAAGAGAGAAAAAUCGCACCUGGACGAACAAGAAGUUAUUGACACCGUUUCAAUAUUUUUGGUACGCGGAGCUUCUGAUCAGACUUUUACCUUUCUUCACAACUUAAUCCCAUCCUGGCUGACCGACAGUAAAAAAGCUCGGCAAUUUUGUGUCGAUAUUACAGUGGCACGGGAGUACUUAAAGAAAAUUGUUUUGGAAUUUUUUCCUUCCAGUAUGAUCAACGUUUCAUCAGGAAAAUAUUCGUCAAUUGAAACAGAUUUACUGGACUACGUCUUGCAUGUCGGAGUUCGUCUUUUGUGUAAGUGCGAUGACAGAGAUUCGAUGAAGAUCGCUCACAACUUCUUGACAAGCUACCAGUUUAUUCAGAAGAGAAUACAGAAAAGCCGGAUUGGCGUGUAUUCUCUGAUUGGUGAUCUCAAGCUUUCUGCUGGUUGUCAGAAUCUUUCUGACACUGAAAAGGAAACUCUGCAAGGAGUUUGCAGAGCACUAGAAAGAAGUAUCCAUACUCUUUGGGAAUGUCCACAUCUUCUGCCUUCCUGCCUGCAAAUGGUGUCCAAAGCUGUCAAAUUAAACAUGACAAUUCCCGAUGGAGUGUCCACCACUCGGAUGGAGUGGAGUUGGCUUCCUUUCCCUGCUCCUAAAGCCCUUCAUAACAAGGUCAGGAGGUGCUUUGCUUUUUCACCUGAUAAGAAGUUACUAGCCCAAUUUAAAGACGGGUGCAUCUCGUUGUUCAAUUCAUGCUCCCUUGAAAGGUUGCUUGGCCCAGUCAAAGUAAACGAAGUGUCAGACGUAAAAGGUCUGGCAUUUUCUUCCUGUGGUAAUUUUGUCUUCUUUGGAAAAUUUGGCAGAGCGUUCUCAGUACAGCGAGGAAUUAUUGAAACAUAUGUCCCAUUACAGAAAGUUCAUCGUCUAUGUGAAUGGUGUUCAUUUACCCUUGAUCGACAACACAUCGUGGUGAAAUGUAACAGGUUAUGUACUCCCACUUGCUGGUUGUGCUUUUUAAAUCACCUUUGUUUGUGGGCCAAAUUGGAAAUUGAACGGAGCGGUGAAAGAGAACCCUUAUGUCGAUGUUUUCCUCACAAGCUGGAAGUGACAAGAAAAUACCCCCAAUUAGCAACGUAUCAGGGUUCGCGCAUUACAGCAAUGAGGCCAUUGUUAAAUCUCCUCAGCGAAAUGAAGUGCAAAGAAUGGUGUUCACUUUUAGAAAAGGUACAACUUGAUAGAGGAGAUUUGACUUUUCUGGUUCCAGAUUGUCUCAGGUGUAAAUUGUCAAGAGAUUAUGAGGCAUUAACCUUGAAAGAAGUUCGUCAGUUUGUUAUUGACCACUAUUCUAACAUAUUCAAGUAUCAAGUUUGGGAUGCCCGAACGGGUGAACCUGUGCUUAAUGUAGCCUUAUCUUCCGGUGUUGAGGUAUGCCACUUUAUUCAUUUUUGUCACCUAGGCACAGCAUUCGAGACAUGUCGCACACUGUUUACCGGCAUUGAUAAGGCUCUCUCACUCGCCAAUAUUGCUUUACUAAGCACUAUUUGUCAUCACCUUCUCUUCCAUGAAAGUCUUCUGGAAAAGUAUUUGUUUAGCAGCUUUCCACCCAGGCCAAUAGCGAUAUUAAAAUGGUAUUGCCCUCGUCCUGAUGGAACAGUUAGCUUUAUGGUGGAUAGCCAAAACGUGAAACGUGUCAUUAAAGAGAUCAGAUGUUAUGCUGCCUUGGAGGAGGAUGUAGUUGUUUCUAUGACUCAUGAGUCCCGUCUAUGUGCUCUCUGUCUCCAGACAGGCACCACGACUGUUCUAGACAGCUCCGAACCAAUUAUGAAGGUAUUGUACCGUGAAGCGGUUCGGCAUCUCGUUUUAACCAGCGAUGACACUAUUGGAGCGCCAGCCUCAUCGAAUUACUUAACCAGCGAUGACACUAUUGGAACGCCAGCCUCAUCGACUUAUACAUUUACCGACUUAUCCAACGGUGACACUUAUGAAGCAAUAGAAAAGGCGUCAGUCUUAUCGACAGUUUCACCAAUAAUAGCCUCCGAACUGGAAAAUCUCCCUGAUGAAGGUAAAAAAGUGUUUUUCUCUGACAGUGUACCUUGCCUAUCACCAGGAGUGAUAUGGGUGGCCAAACCGUUUGUUAAAGAUGCUGAGACUGUGGUCUACUUGUUUCGUGUAAGACAUCCACAUUAUCAGCAGCAACAUUCCAACAACCCAGAAUACGUCAUCAAGGAGGUCGCUCAAUUUGGUUUCACAAAUGAUCACUCAUUUUUCGUGUAUUUAAGUGUUCACACCUCACUUCACGCCCUGUCUCUACAAUCGGGUACCAUUCUGCAAAGCGUCUCAGGAGUUAGCCCGUUAUUCUUCACUUCUGAAGGGCACGUAGGCUAUCAUUUUCAGGCCGAUGACGAGGGUAAAACUCUGUUUUUGAAACACUUCCCUUGUGAUUUUUUGAAACAUUUUCUUAUACCAUCAGUGAAAAUUCCAAUGCAAGCAAACUUCGUUUCAGAGGACACUUUCUUGGUUCUUUGCACUGAUUCAUCAGUUUUGUCAUUUCAAGCAACUGGAGAUUUAUGUACCAAAACUAUAUUUGCUGAGCCUCCCUUGGACUCCGGUUUGCUUGGCCCUUGGCACGUACAGAAAUGCGCAUUUUCUUCGGAUGGAAAGCUAAUUGCUGCUCACCAUGGUAAGAUGAUAACGUUGCACGAUACAAUCGGAUCAGACGAUUGCAGUUUUCUGUGUUCAGUUUUUGAAGAUGAUCACGAGUUCAGUGUCCUUCAGCUUACAUUCUCGGGUGACAGUGCCUUACUUCUUUAUUGCAUAAGGAAUUGUCCUUUUGUCGUGUGGGACGUUAGGAAGAGAGAAACGUUAGCAUCAUUUGACCCACCUGGCCUUGUUUCUGAGGAUUUUUGCUGCUUCUUUACAGUAGAUAACAAAAUAGUUUUUUCCACUGAGCUUCACAUCGAGAUCUGGGAUCCUGCGAAGAUUACAAAUAAAGCAUCGACCAGACUGGAUGUCGACGUGCUCUAUAGUAAAGCUGACGUAAUCACCUACUGCACAGUGUCACGCAACAAUGAUCUAUUGGCUUGUUGCGUUGUGGAUAGAAUCUUACGCUACUCUCUUAACAGUCCUACCAACCCGCAGCUCGUUUUAAAGCUACCUCGCGCCCAUUUAGGUAAAAUCGAAUUUUGUCGGUUUUUAAAUGGGAAGCGCUACAUUAUAUCAUAUGGUAUUGAUGGUGCUGUGUUCUUGUGGGACGUACUUGAGCGGACAGCCAUUUCUUUCAUUAGAGUUCCAGUUGAGGGUGAAAACAUUUCCUUCAUGACUGUCUCCCCCAAGGAAGACAAAGUUGUUGGUUUUACUUCAUUUGGGAGAUUCUUCCAAAUAACGCUGAAUGGAUUAAAUGCUGAGAUU